CAACUACCCUUAAUUUCCCUAAACCUCUAAAUCUCUUGUUUAAUUUCCUAUUCUGUCUGUGUUCUAAUGGUUGUUGGUUGUGGUGAUCUUUCUUAAUCUAAAGUUCUCUUCUUCUUCUUUUUUCAUAUAUUGGAUUUGGGGUGGCGCUCAUUAUCUAAUUUCUCAUCUUUUUUUAUUUGUCAUAAUCUUUAUUUUUAUCAUUUUAUAACGUGGUAUUAGAUUAUAAGUUUAUAAAUGAUAUAUAAUAAAUAAUUUACAAUCAUCUAAUGUCAAAUUAUGAGAUGAAGAGUAACAUUACUCAAUACUUUUUUGAAUCUAUCGACGAGAGUUCAGUAAUACGUGAAAAAAGAUGCCGUCCACACAACCUGCGGGCUCGGGGUCUGAAGCUGAUGCAAUUAAAUACGGAUUAAUGGAUGAGAAGAAAAGGAAGAGGAUGCAGUCAAACAGAGAAUCUGCAAAGCGCUCGCGAAUCAAGCAACAGAAAAAGAUGGAGGAUUUAACCGAUGAAAAGGCAAGGCUGUUGAGAGAGCUUGAGAAGAAUAGCGCAAGGUACUCUUGCCGGGAGAGAGGAUGGUAUUCCCUGGAGUCGGAGAACAACCUUUUGAUGGCUGAAAAGAUGUGCUUGGCCAAGCGUUUAGACGAGUUGAACUCACUUAUCGUCAAUCUUGGGCUUGUAAAAAAUAUCACACCCAAAAGUCCGGAGCCAAUAAUGUUGAAUCCGUCGCAGCUUCCCACUUCAAUGCAGCUUGUCGCGGCCUCUGCAGGAAGGUUUUGGCGCUAGCUGCUGCUGAUCUUGUUUUGGCUUGAAUUCAGUAAGUGGCCGCGGAUUUUGAUCUCUUGUGGACAAGUCUGCAUGACAUUGGUUGAUGUCUUUACGCAGAUAAUUUGUCGAUGGGGGCGGUUGCUCAUUGUUUUCAAUUGGUAAUUUAAGUUGUCUUUCUUGACCCAGUCCAUGACUAUUGGAUGUCUUGCACAUAGUUUUCGUACGAAUGAAGGAAAGAGCACUAGGAUGGUAUGAUUACUCAUAUAUACUUGACACUGGUAAAUUGAGAUGCAAUGCCUUAAUUACGUGCAGUAUGGUCUGACAUGCCAGAGGCAAAAUAAGCAGAAUCUCCACAGUUUAGAGCAAUUUGUUGGAACGCCAAAAUCUGAUCUAAAUCACCCACUUGGGUCUGGGCGGCUGGGCCUGAACAUGGAACGCAAUUGUGGGUCUAACAAUUGGUGGAGGUACAUAAGGAAAGGCUGUUGGAUCAGGCCGGAGUUGCACAAGCUUGGGCUGCUAUUCUACACUUGGGGCUUGUUAUUGUAUUUAUCUUUUGUUAUUAUACUCGUGUCAAAUUGCAAUGAUAAGUCGGUUGCUGGGACGAGCCACUUUGUUGUUGUUGUCGUUGGUAUUUUUUUAUUUUAAAUGGUUGUCUUGUCAAAUUAUGUGCAAUCGAAUCAAUAGGGACAAAGUAAG